GGGGGUUUCUAGAUGGGUGGGUCAGGUACUGUACCGAUUGCGCGAUACCAUAGAAUUAAACUUCAUCACUGACGUAUUUAGCUCUCGAAACGAGUAACAAGUCACUUGACUUAAAAAAUAUAAAUAACUUCCAGUCGUAUGCAACCGAUGAAUUAAGCAUCUUUAUUAUCUAAGCCAUCAAGCUACCCUGAAAUGGAUUGGAGGUUUUGAGUUACACCGGACAGCAGCUGCGGGAGGGUGAAAAGAAAGACGAGGUAGUCGCACAAGACAACCCAUCCCAUCCCAAAAAAGUAAAAUUUCAAAAAUGUCUCUCAGCGACCACCCCCGCGCCUACGGCACCGCCGCCGUAGCACUCUCCUUCAUCGCAGGUAUCCUGGUAACCCUAGGCUUCAAAGACCUAUACCCGGACCUAGAACGACGUUUCCAACAGCGGGGAGGAGGGACAUCCCGGCGGAAGCCCAUCCCUGACAAGCGCAGACGCUCUAGCAUAUUCUGGGGCGUGCAAUUAGAAGACCACGAGUCUGAAUCUUCUAUCGUAGUACCCGGUGCCGCCCAAAUCCCACGCGACGCCGGCAUCAGCGAGGGUAUCGAAGGAUGUAUCGGACGCACCCCUCUAAUCCACAUCCGCAGCUUAUCCGAAGCCACCGGACGUACCAUUCUCGCCAAAGCCGAGUUUCUCAACGGCGCAGGUAAUAGUCCAAAAGACCGUGUCGCACUAUCCAUGAUCCGGUCCGCGGAGGAAGCAGGCCGUCUUAAACCUGGGAGGGGUGAUACGAUAUACGAGGGCACGGUAGGAAGUACCGGGAUCUCAAUCGCGGCUUUAGCUCGGGCUAUGGGGUAUCGUGCGCAUAUAUGUAUGCCCGAUGACCAGAGCAUGGAAAAAUCGGAUUUGCUGCACCAUUUAGGAGCUACCGUGGAACGUGUACCGGUCCAACCCAUCGCGUCGCCGGAGCAUUUUGUGAAUUUAGCAAGGAGGAGGGCCGCGGAGCAUACGGCGUCUGCGACGCGGGAGAAUCCGAGUGUGGGAUUUUUCGCGGAUCAAUUCGAGUCGGAUGCGAAUUGGCAUGCACAUUUAUCGACUACGGGGCCGGAGAUAUAUUAUCAGACGGAUAAUGGACAUCUUGAUGCUUUUGUCGCGGGGGCUGGGACUGGUGGGACGAUAUCUGGGGUUGCUAAGUAUCUUAAGGAAACGGCGAAAUUGCAUGACUUGAAAGUCGUGCUAGCGGAUCCUCAGGGAAGUGGGUUGUAUAAUAAGAUCCGACAUGGAGUUAUGUACUCCAACACCGAGAAAGAGGGCACAAGGCGGCGACAACAAGUCGAUACUAUCGUGGAGGGUAUUGGUAUCAACCGGGUAACUGAGAAUUUAGAGGUGGGACGGGACUUGAUAGAUACCGCGGUACGAGUUACCGAUGCACAGGCAUGUGCUAUGGCGCGGUGGUUGGUGGAACAUGAUGGAAUAUUUUGCGGAAGCAGUAGCGCAGUCAAUUGCGUGGCUUCUGUUGUCGCAGCGCUGAGUUUACCGAAGGGGAGUACGGUGGUUACGGUGUUGUGUGACCCGGGAAUGCGACAUUUAAGCAAGUUCUAUAAGAAAGUUGCGGAUAUGGGAUUAGAGGAUGAUGAUAAGCCGAAGGAUUUACUGACGUUAUUGGGUAUUGAGAAACCGAAAACACGGUGACAAUACCCAUUGAUUUAAAGAAGUAUGAAAUCGACCACACGAAUCUACAUCACGAACGUUACGAAUGGGCCAAUAAAACGAGAAUAAAUCUUUAUGUUGAAGGUAAAUAGCGUGUAAGUUAGAUGCCAUUCGACCUAUGGUUACAGAAACUUGUCUAGCUAGCCUUGAAAACCACCGCAAGAGGGGACAUGUUGGAUGAUGCAAUUGUAAAAUGCCGAUGGCUACCACCUCCGAAGUGCAAAUAAAAAGUUGCGAGUAAUAAAAAUGAGUAACAAAU